UUUGAGGUUAGUUAUCAAUCGAGUGUCAGUUCAAGUCAAGAUUGCUGAUUGCAAGUGAUAGUAAAAUGACUUGACUGAAUUUAAAUUCAUUAAUUUUAUACAAAUACUUGUCCACUACAGUGUUAGUGACAAGUUGUUUAACUAUUCGUUGUAAUUUUACCGCUCUUACACAUAAAAGUUUCGAAUGCAUUAAGUGUGCAAUUUCGUGAAAUUGAAUGAAAAUAAAGUUUGUAUAAAUAAUUAGGUAUGGAAAGUGAGAAAACAAAUGUGGUCCGUGUGGGAUCUAGGAAAAGCGAGUUGGCACUUAUUCAGACAAACUUUGUCAUAGAUAGUCUGAAAAAAGUAUACCCUGAUAAGGAAUUUAUAAUAGUAUCUAUGACAACAUUGGGAGAUAGAAUACUCAAUGUGUCAUUGCCGAAGAUUGGAGAGAAAUCUCUAUUCACAAAGGAUCUAGAAGAUGCACUCAGGAAUAAUUCUGUUGAUUUUGUUGUACAUUCACUUAAGGAUUUGCCGACUACUUUACCUGAUGGCUUAGCUAUAGGUGCUGUGUUUGAACGAGAAGACCCAAGAGAUGCAUUGGUACUACGAGAGGAUUUAAAUACGCACACUUUGAGUACUUUACCAUCAGGAUCUGUUAUAGGUACCUCCUCACUUCGUCGUACAGCACAGUUAAGAGGAUUAUAUCCGCAAUUGUCUGUGAUCGAUGUUCGAGGAAACUUGAACACUAGGCUGAAGAAAUUGGAUGCACCAAGUAAAGAAUAUUCUGCGUUACUUCUUGCUAAUGCUGGACUGGAAAGGAUGGGAUGGGGGAAUAGAGUUUCUAAAAUAUUACCGUGUUCAGAAAUAAUGUACGCGGUAGGUCAAGGGGCGUUGGCAGUAGAGUGUAGAGCAAAUAAUGAAGAUAUAUUACAAAUGCUUGCUCCCUUCAAUCAUCCGGAAACUUAUUGUAGAGUGCUAGCGGAGAGGAGUUUUCUUAAAACAUUGGGCGGUGGUUGUAGUGCCCCAGUAGGUGUUUCAACUAAAUUAAAAAACUCAGACUCCCAAUACAAGUUUACGAUAGAUGGCGCUGUAUGGAGUAUGGAUGGAGCGACAAAGAUAUAUGAAACAUUAGAGUUAGUGUUGCCACAAAUAAAAAAGACACAAAAACAUAAAUUAAGUCCAACGGAAGAAACUGAUUGUAAAAAAUUAAAAAAAGAAGAAAACGGAGCUCCGAAGGGACUUGAUGCUGUUUUAGAAUUAAAUAGAAGAAUAUCUGAAAGAGAAAAUAAUGUAAAUUGUGAAGAUACAAGAUCUAUGGAGGAGAUUGCCAGUUUAAAAUGUCCAAUGUUUUGUGGUUUGUCUGAGAAUAGCAACAUUCCUAUUGAUGUUAUUGAGAAAUGUGAAAAAUUAGGUAAAGAUUUAGCCAAUAAUUUGAUAUCUAAAGGUGCUUUAGAAGUUAUGAAAGUAACACAAGAUUAUAUAAGAAGUGCGGCUCAAAAAUCUUGAUUGUUGAUUUUAUUUUUAUCUAUGUUAGAUACAGGGAAUUGUUUAUAUUAUUCAUUUAAAUCUAUAUUGAUUCCUUCGUGACAUUUAACAUAACCUUUUUUGUGUCAAUAGUGUUGCCAUUAUUUAGUAUUUUAUAUUUAUUAGUAAUUAUUAUGUUUUUAUUUAGUAAAUACCUAUAUUUAUGUUACA